AUGGAAAUGGCCAAAGCGAGUACUCAGCCAUCCGGCAAAGAUGCUCCCGGAACUGAAACAAAAGUACCCCAUCUCAGGCUCGUCUUUUCGCAGAAAUGCAUCAGUCCCGAGGUCAUCGAUCAUCCGUUUCCGGGUUCAGGUACUGAAAUUGACCCAUACAUGGUAGACUGGCUGCCCAAUGAUCCUAGGAAUCCUCACGAGAUUGCAACGGGAAUGAAAUGGCUAAUCACCAUGAUCAUGGCAUUUGGCACACUGUCUAUUUCAAUGUCUUCCAGCAUCUUCUCUGGAGCACUACCGCAAAUCGGAGAGGACUUUGACGUGAGCCGCCAGCUCUCGGUCGCCAGCAUCUCCCUUUUUGUUCUUGGUUUUGCAGUCGGUCCCAUGAGCUGGGCACCCUUGUCCGAGAUCUACGGUCGCCAAAUCAUCUAUGCCAUUACUUUCACUCUAGCCACGGUGUUUGGUGGUGCGUCGAUUGCUAGCAAGAACAUUGCAACCCUGUUGGUCCUCCGGUUCUUCACCGGGGUUUGCGGGUCGUCUGCCAUUGUGAACGCAGCGGGCGUCAUCUCUGAUAUGUUUGAAGCAAAGGAUCGUGGCUUGGCUGUCAUGGUUUACACUUCAGCGCCUUUCCUUGGUCCGUCUCUUGGCCCUAUUUGUGGUGGCUUCCUGGCCCAGUCUUCGGGUUGGAGAUGGGUUGAUGGCCUCACUGUCAUCUUCACUGGCGUCAUGCUCAUCCUUGGUCUGGUACUUGUCCCAGAGACAUAUGGUCCGUAUCUAUUGAUGCAACGCGCCAAAUAUCUGAGCAAAUUUCAUGGAAAGGUCUGCAUCAGCAAGCUGGAAGCUGGUAAGCCCAAUGAGACGGCCGGGACUGUCCUCAGAAAUGCCAUCGCCAGGCCCUGGGCUAUUCUAUUUCUCGAACCCAUUGUUACCUUGCUUUCUAUUUAUUCAGCCAUUGUAUAUGGCAUCUUGUACUUGAUCUUUACUGCUUUCCCCAUCAUUUUCCAAGGACAGCGUCACUGGUCACAAGGUGUCGCCGGUUUAUCUUACGUCGGCGUCAUGGUUGGACAAAUUCUAGCCAUGAUUAUCUACGCAUUCAUGGAAACAUCAAACCAAAAGAGAAUCAGCAAGGAGCCUUCCAGACAGACACCAGAGGCGCGCCUAGAUCCUGCCAUUCUUGGAGGUGUCUUGUUGCCCAUGGGCUUAUUUUGGUUUGCCUGGACAACUCUCACAUCAAUCCAUUGGGCUGUGAGCAUUGUCGGGUCGACACUCUUUGGCAUCGGGCAGGUCCUCUUGUUCAUUAGCCUGAUCAAUUAUAUAAUCGACACAUACACUGUGUUUUCCGCAUCCGCGCUGGCUGGUGCCGCUAUUUUGCGCGCUCUAUUUGGAGCAGCCUUUCCUCUCUUUACGACAAACAUGUACGAACGCCUCGGUAUCCAGUGGGGCUCGUCAGUGCCGGCAUUCCUGGCUCUAGCCUGCGCCCCCAUGCCAUUUUUCUUUCGCAAGUUUGGAAGGCGACUUCGUGAGCGCAGCAAACUGGCACAGGAAGCUCACAAGACAAUGACUCGGAUGAUGACGCGCGGUGCGCAAGUGGUGGAGAAGGAGCUGGUGGUUUCUUCUGAUGGCCGCUUCCAGGAUGAGAUUUGA